GUAGAGGAAGAGGAUUCCAUACUGGCUGCAGUGAUACAGCGAGUUUAGCCGGGGAAAGACAAGCCGUUGUUCUGUUCUUUACUUCUAAGAUGCUUUCAGCUCAAAAUUUUGGAGGUCCUGGGAAGAUGAAGGAGUACCAUUAUACCGGCGCAGUAGAGAACCGAUUUUCACCUUACGCUUUCAAUGGAGGAACUGUACUAGCUGUUGCUGGAGAAGAUAUUGCCAUCGUAGCGUCAGACACCAGGCUUAGUGAAGGCUACUCCAUCCACAGCCGCGACUCUCCCAAAUGCUACAAGCUGACAGACACAACUGUCAUUGGUUGCAGUGGUUUCCAUGGUGACUGCCUGACUUUGACAAAAAUCAUUGAUGCCAGGCUAAAGAUGUACAAACAUUCAAACAACAAAACCAUGACCAGUGGAGCCAUCGCAGCCAUGUUGUCCACCAUCUUGUACAGCAGGAGGUUCUUCCCAUACUAUGUCUACAACAUCAUAGGAGGACUGGAUGAAGAAGGGAAAGGAGCCGUGUACAGCUUUGACCCUGUGGGCUCCUACCAGAGAGAUACCUACAAGGCUGGAGGAUCUGCCAGUGCCAUGCUGCAGCCAUUACUAGACAAUCAGAUUGGUUUCAAGAACAUGGAGGGUGUCCAGCAUGUUCCUCUGACUCAGGACAAGGCUGUUCAGCUGGUCAAAGAUGUCUUCAUCUCAGCUGCUGAAAGAGACGUCUACACUGGAGACGCCCUUCGCAUCUGCAUCAUCAAUAAGGAGGGCAUCAAUGAGCAGACAAUACCACUGAGGAAGGACUGAGGAGGAGAAAAUUGUUUCCAUCUGCCUUCAGCUUCUUCUUCCUCUGUUCAACAUUCUGUUGAUAUGACCUCUUAACACAAGUGUCUAAACCAGAGCACUGAUGAUCCAGAGGUUGAUAAAAGUUGCCAUUUAGGUUUGAUUUAGAGGAAAAAAUUUACAUUUUUCCUGCUUUCCAUUCUUAAUUUCUUUGGUCACAAUAUCCCACUUUGAUUUUCUGUCAGCUUUCUGUCGGAUCAGCAUUCCUAUUUUCAGAAGCCGGCUAACUCCCCACCAUGCCUAGACUUCCUCUGGAUGUUGUAAAAUGUUUUGGAGGGAGACAUGCUCAGCUGUUCCUUUUUACAUUCUUAAUAAAUAUAAACAAUUCAAGAAC